AUGGAAAACCAUCAUUCUGGCCUUAAAUCGAGAACAAAUUCAAUCCAUACCACACCAUCGGGCGAUGUAGUGUCAUUUUAUUCGAUAAAAAGUGAUCCUUACGGUGCGACGGAAUCUGGAAUGCAGCAGACAAUUAACGCAUCUAGUCAAUCGUCAAUGGAAAUAUCGAACUCUUCGUACAACGGUGAGAUGGAUCAGUCAAGGAGCGUCAGUACGUGUUCCAGCGUGAUUCAUCCAAAUACCGGGAGUUUUGUUGAAUCUGUUGAUUCAAGUGGUACAAUCGUCACAUCUAGCAGUGUUCCAGUCGAGAGUCGGGCCGUAUCCAAAUAUCAGCAACACCACCACUCACAGGCCCAACCUUCCACCCUGCUUAAGAACGAGGAAUCGUUGAAGCGUACACAACCAUCGCCUUGUUGGGCUUUGAUCGAAUGGGAAACUUCAAACGGGGAACCGAGUUCGUACACCGUGAUAAACUCAUCGCAGAUCGUUGAAAUUUCACGUGAAAACAGUCGAUCAGAUGAGGAGAAUGGCCAGCAGAUGAGAGACUCGGCUCUAUACACCGGGAAGCUAAUUCACGUGCUACGGGGCAGAUACAUUAUGCCAGCAACGAUCGUGAUCAUAUCAGAGGAUAGACAAUUUCUCGAAACGGAGCUGCACGAGCUGAGAAUGAUGGCCGCCAACAAUUUAAUUGCCAAAUCAAUCCCACAGACACAGCCUUAUCGAAAGCUGGGAAUGCCAACACUAAAGCAGUAUGGCAGAGCUUCUCAGGCAGUUACAAUGCAAUCGCAGCAGAAUACAAUUCCAACGUCACCAGAAAAUAUCACGAGCACUAAACGGCAGCGCUGCGAUUCUGGUUCAUCUAGCUCGGUGAAGGAAAUUGAAGCCAGGGUGUCAUCUGCGUGCGUUCAGGGAGCAGUACAAGAAGAAACUAGACAUUCGUUUAAUGGCGACAUUUCCUACCAGAAGGUAUUGCCACCGCUUAAGCCAGCGGCCGCACGAUUCAAUAGAAGCGAUUCUGCAACCAAACCGGCGCCACCGAUGACCUUUGAUCAGCAAACACAAACCACCGGUGCAUCAUCCGAUGUAACUGCAUCUUACGACGCAAAGUUCGUGCGUAUUUUGUCGUACCUCGAGAGCGUAAUGGCGGAGCAAAAGGGAUAUCGGAUGGAGAGUGAGUACAAUCGGAAGCUUUUGCACGAACUUCAGGAGAAGAUUUCCGAGCAACACGAAAUGCUACGGAACGUUCAAAAACGUGUGGCUGAAACGAAGCACACCACUCCAUCGAAAGCGAACCCCGAAUCGCAAGCUACUCAGUCUUCAUCGGGCGAUAUAUUGAUAGAGGAGGUUGUUGAACAAUAUUCAUCGGAGCCUGGUGUGGGGUCAAACACCAUGGUCAUAGACUCAUACGAGACUUCCAACGGGGACCAUCUUGUGAUGAACAGCGUAAUCGACUCCGACCAACAAUGGAAAACGCAUGACGACACCAUAGCAGAAGAACAGCAAACCAGCAACAGUAACCAUAGCUGGACGUCUUCCAACAACAAUAGAACUCAAACACUAGAUUACCCCACCAGAAGUAGCACCAUAUCCCAACCCAUGGACAAAUCGUCGGAAGUAACAUCAAAAACUUCCAUGUUAGAGGUCAAAAAACACGAUGAAACCGUUGUAUUAAGCACGAACCAAACCCACUCAAACUCAGCAAAGAUGGUACACGAAUUGAUAAAUAAUGAUUGGGACGAUUCCAUGCAGGAGAAUGAAAGGAACAACAACCAAAAACAAGGGAAAAAUGUUACAACUAUGUCCAGCACAAGGAUGGUAGCGAUUGGAAGCAACAACACGAUGGUGUGUAGCACCGUGCUUGAGAACAUCAAAUGGGUGAGUUACAAGUAUGCGACGCGUAAGUUAUUGCAGGCAGUAAUCCCACGGAAUGUGUUGGCAACGCACUCGCUCAGCGGACGACCCUGUCCGUCGCAUCUUUCAUUCACCGAUAAACCGGUCAAGGGACGGCUUGAUCCGAACAUAGUGGCUGAUGUUAUAGAGUUUAUCAGGCAAAAGUUCACCAUAGACGAAAGCCAUGUGCGGGCGGUGAUUACGAACAAAUGUGCGGAUGAGAACAAAAUGCUACGGAUGAAGAAUAGUACCACCAAGCAAGCGAGUGUUAAGAAAACUGCACUGGCCAGCACAAGAAAGACGCGCAACAAGGAAAACGUUUCAUCAACAGAUUAGUGCAAAUGAAGAGUUUUGUUUGCGAUAAGCGACUCUCGUUUAGUUAAAACAUAUUUAUAUAAGCUUACUCACCUGUUGGAAUAUCAAGAUAUGUACUGUAUAAACAUUACAGGGCUUGUUUCGUUUUACCAAAUAAUAGUUGACUGGCACUACUCUUUAUCGGAGCGCA